CUGCCCGGGGCGGGGGCUCGGCGCGGGCCCGGGAGAUGCCGGUGUCGGCAGCGGCGGCCGGAGCGGCGGCUGCAGCAGCGGCGGAGGCGGCGGAGGCGCGGAGGCUGCGGGGCCCGGGCGGGGGGCCGGGCGGGGGGCCCUGGCUAGAGCGUAGCUGAGACCAUGGAGGGGCAGAGCGGCCGUUGCAAGAUCGUGGUGGUGGGGGACGCGGAGUGCGGCAAGACGGCGCUGCUGCAGGUGUUCGCCAAGGACGCCUAUCCCGGGAGUUAUGUCCCCACCGUGUUUGAGAACUACACAGCGAGCUUUGAGAUCGACAAGCGCCGCAUAGAGCUCAACAUGUGGGAUACUUCAGGUUCCUCCUAUUAUGACAAUGUCCGACCACUGGCCUACCCAGACUCUGAUGCUGUCCUGAUCUGCUUCGAUAUCAGCAGGCCUGAGACCCUUGACAGUGUGCUCAAGAAGUGGCAAGGGGAGACCCAGGAGUUCUGUCCCAAUGCUAAAGUCGUUCUGGUCGGUUGUAAACUGGACAUGAGGACAGACCUGGCCACCCUGAGGGAGCUCUCCAAACAGCGGCUCAUCCCGGUCACACACGAGCAGGGCAGCGUCCUGGCCCGGCAGGUGGGCGCCGUGUCCUACGUCGAGUGCUCGUCGCGCUCGUCCGAGCGCAGCGUCCGAGACGUCUUCCACGUGGCCACGGUGGCCUCCCUGGGCCGGGGCCACCGGCAGCUGCGCCGCAGCGAUUCCAGGAGAGGCUUACAGAGGUCAGCACAGAGAUCGGCCCAGCUGCCCGGGAGGUCAGACAAGGGGGCCGAGGCCGAGAUCCGAAAGGACCGAGCCAAGAGCUGCAGCGUCAUGUGAGGGGCUCACCCGCCACCCCUCUCCGGGACUCACCCGGAUCACCUAGUUUAAGCUGGCCCCGGGGCAGGGGAGGGUGGAUGGGAGUUUUAUGCCCAACAUCUUCCGUCUUCCCCCUCUCUCUCGUACUUGUAGAACUCUGGGCAGGCUGGGAGGGCGCCUGAUAAUUCUCUGACCUGGGCACAGUGCCCUCGGGGGAGCCCAGGCACGAGGAGGGAAAUGAGGAAAGGCCCAAUCCCUGGGCGAAGGCCACCUUCCUGCACCUCCCCCAGCCUUCAUAUCAUGUUCCUGGUGGUCCCAGAGCCACCGCCCCCCCUCGCACCCCCUCAUCUGCUUCUGCUGCUGUUUUCUCAGACCCCCUAACUCCAGGCCACAUGCACUAAAUUCAGGACAAAGGACGAGUCCCCAUCCAGCUCCCUUCCCUGCUGCCUUCCUCCACCCGCUGGAGGCUAAUAAAACCCAUGUCCAUGGAAA